UACAUUUCCUUGAUUAUCUAAAUGUUAGGAUUAUGUUUGAUUUGUCCUGGAUAUAAAUAGUUAACAUAAUGUUACAGACAGCAUUAGUAAACCUGGAAAAAUAAAUUGAAAUUGACAUCAAGAUGAAUGAGAGGGAUAUUCCAAGUGUCCCUAUUACAACAUUAGCAGGAGUAGCUAGUUUGACUGACUUGUUACCAGUGCUUCCAUUACCAACACCCUUACCAUCAACACUUAACAACAAGUCUCAGUUGUUUCAUCCUCGUGUUGCUGAAGAAGCAGCCAUAUUGCUUGCAACUCGUGAUGACAACCUUGUUUCUUUGUUAUUGCAAUCACUAAUGCAAACAUCAGUGCAACAUAUAGACUUAAAGGAUGAAAGCAUACCUAAUGCAGUCAGUCCAGCUCCCCAACAAACUACGCCUGAAUUGUUAAAGGCUAUAUUACAUGUAAACCCCAAUGUAUUUGAUCAACAACAAAGAAACCAUUGGGGUAAUAAUCACCUUCACACAUCAAAGUUUAAUGGGAUGUCACCAUCUUCUACAUAUAAUUACACAUCACACAAUACAGUCCAUUCAAGUCCCUCAUCACAUGGUACAUCCAUACAUUCAGCUUCCAUUCCUAAUCAACAACUCAUAGCUCCUCCCUGCCAGUCUUCACCUCAUGUGAAUAUUGGUUCACCUCCUUCUCAAGCUCGGCCAGGAAGCCAAGUUAAUAUUACUGCGCAAAAUAAUGUUUCUCCGCCUUGGAAUACUUCAAAUCAGUCCAACAUAUAUACAAGUCCACUUUCGAAUCCUUCAAACCCUCAAAAUGGUGGAUAUUAUAACAGUUUAGUCCAAGAUAGUAGAAAUUUUGGUACUAAUAUAGGCGAGGACAAAGAUCCACUUUCCAUAUCACCUAGUAAUAUGACUGAUCAACAAAAGCAACUAAUGCAGUCUCAAGAUAAGGCAUAUGAGCAAGAUGGUAAUGUAGUAACUGGCCAAUCUCCGGCCCAAGCUAGUGUGGCGCCAUCUCCAUUGCGUCACGAACCGCAAGUGCCUCAGCCAUCUAUGGGCGCUCCAUAUGCACCACCACCAAUGCUACAAAAUACUACACAGGAAAAACAAGAUCCCAGUAGAAGUACAAACUAUAUGAAUAGCAGAUAUCCUGUUGUAAAAUUAGGUCGUCUUUCUGAGGGUAUCUUAAAGAAACAUGAAAUGCCGAAUGAGGAAAGAAUGAGAAAAAACAGUACAGCAGAGUCAGAUUCUGACGACAAUCAACCGCUAAAAGCAAAAUCGAGUAAUUCAACACCAGCCGUAGAUAAAGAUAAAGAGGCAAUAGAUAUAGCUAGAGAAAAGAAUUGGGAAGCAGUGAAGAGGAAACAUGAGGAAGCUAGCAAAAAAGAAGAAGCUGAAGCAGCAAUUGUUCGACCAAAGUUACGAAAAGUCGAAAGACGGUUGGUUCCCGUACUGGAAAUGUUGUCUGUCGACGAACUUAUGGAAACAAAUACGUAUCAACGUUUCAACAAAUUAAUUGAAUCCGUUUUUGAGACUAUUGAUGAUGAUAUAAUAGUAACUGAUGAAAUGGAGGGUACAGAUAUUCCUGAAGAUAUGUUGCUGCCUCGGUAUCAACUACAGGAGUUAUGUGCUGAAGCGGCAAAACUAAAAAAUCUCGGUGCUAUGGAAGCCAUUCCAGCUGAUAGAUUAGUCCGGCUGCUGAACAUAUUGGAAAAAAACAUAAGAGCUGCAGAAAAAAUGUCUCUUAUAGGGGAUCCCGAGGAUAGUGAAGAAAUGCGACAAAUAUGGAUAGAGUCUGCAUUGGACAGAGUCAUGUGUGCAUCUGAUUCGAGUCUCACGGCCUUGUACAUAAUGACUUCUCCGAGUAUGCCUAAACGCAUAUUCUUAGAAGAUGUAAUAGAUAGAAUCAUUAUGUUUAUAAAGUUUCAACUGAAUAACACUAUUUACUGUGUAUAUGAUCCGGUUUACAGUAUUCAAAGUACUUCAAAAAAGAAAGUGGACGGGCGCAAGCGGCGCGGCGGCGGCGCGGGCGGCGCCAGCAAGCGCGGCGGGAACUCCACGCGCGCCGUGCGCGAGCUGUACACGCACGCGCACGAGUGCGUCACGCUGCUCGCCGAGCUGUUCGCCGCGCACCACCUCACCGACACCACGGUGCUGCACGCCUCCACGGUCGGCGUGUCGCCCUUCUUCGUCGAGAACAUCAGCGAGCUGCAGCUGUCCGCGCUAAAGCUCGUCACGACGAUAUUUACCAAAUACGAGCAACACAGGCGGCUGUUGCUGGAGGAUAUUUUGGCAUCCAUAGCUCGAAUACCGAGUUCGAAACACAACCUCCGCUCGUUUCAAUUGAGUUCUAAUCAACACAUCCAAAUGUUGACGGCGCUCGUCCUGCAACUCGUACAAAGUGUCGUCACUUUGCCCGAAACGCUCUGUAAAUCGAAUGACAAAGAAAAAGAUAAGGAGCACUCCGAAUCUGAUAAUAAGAAGCAUGUAGAUAAAGAUCUCAUGAUUAUAUCAAAAUAUGAAGCUGCCAUUAGUGUGGGUGGUACGUUUCUCACAUCAUUCCUGAAUAAAUGUCGGAGUAGAUCGGAAGAAGUCGACUUUCGACCCUUGUUCGAAAACUUCGUCCAUGAUCUUUUAACAACAGUCAACAAACCGGAAUGGCCGGCAACGGAGCUGUUGUUAAGUCUACUCGGAACAAUGCUCGUAAAAUACAUGUCAGACAAAUCGAUGGAGAUGCCGGUGCGCGUGGCGUCGCUGGAGUACCUGGGGCUCGUGGCGUCGCGACUGCGGCGGGACAGCGUCACGUCCCGCGCCAAGCUCGCCACCAUGGACGCCGUCGUGCGGGACAUCCGUGCCGAGGAGGAGAAGGACGGCUGCCAGCAACAUUCUCUUACAUCGGGAUUAGACGAAGACGAGGAAAGAACAGAAUUCCUACAAAGGGUAUUGCUUGAUUACUUGGCCAUUAACGGCCAAAAAGAUCAAGCAUGGAACUGCGCGAGGCAUUUCUAUAUCACACAGUGGUACAGAGACAUGGUGGUUCAGCCGAAAAAUUCCUCACCUACUAAAAGACCGAAACAUAAAUCGAAGAAAAAACAUAAAGAGGAGAGCAGCGAAGAAGAAUCUGACCCAGACGAUGAUAGUGACGGCGGAAUUAAAGAACCGAAGUUAGAUAAAAAACACGUUUCGAGUGCUAUUAUGUCGGCAGAAAAAUUCAAGACCAUCGAGCGACGGAAGAAUUUCUUUCUUGAAAAAAUUAGACCAUUCCGUUAUCAAGGUGGAACUCAAGUUCAAGUAAUGCAGUCAUAUAUAGACUAUAGUGGAGCAGAGUUGAUCUCUCAAUACUUAGCGUCAAAGAGGUCGUUUUCUCAGAGCUUCGAUAGGUACCUUAGGAAGAUUCUAGUUAUUUUGUGUGAGAAUACUAUUGCUAUACGUACAAAAGCGAUGAAAUGUUUGACGAUGAUCGUCGAGGCCGAUCCCGCGGUGCUGGCGAGGCCGGAUAUGAAGAUAGGGGUGAACCGAUCGUUCCUCGAUCAAUCCACGGCCGUACGAGAAGCAGCCGUCGAUCUUGUCGGCAAGUUCGUGCUCAGCCGGCCUGACCUGAUCGACAAGUAUUACGAAAUGCUCUCGAAUAGAAUAUUAGACACGGGUGUCUCAGUGCGUAAACGAGUGAUAAAAAUCUUGAAAGACAUUUGUAUUGAGUGUCCGGAGUUUCCGAAAAUUCCCGAAAUCUGUGUGAAAAUGAUCAGAAGGGUAAACGACGAAGAAGGAAUAAGAAAGCUGGUAAUGGAAGUUUUUCAAAAUAUGUGGUUCAGCCCUUGUCCCAACUCUGCGAGGCACGGCGCGCUCGACAUCACGGCGGCCACGGCCGACCCGCUCACCAGGAAGGUGCUCAACAUCACCGACGUCGUCGUGUCCUCGCGCGACAUGGGCCUCGAAUGGUUUCAGCAACUACUCAUGAGCUUGUUCAAACCGAAAGAAGAUAAAGAUGACUCGACGAAAAUUAUUUACCAACCACCCAAAUCUCUAUUGGUUGCCUGCCAGCAAAUUGUUGACUGCCUUAUCGAACACUUACUACAGUUGGAAGAAACCAAUACAGAUGGUAUGGGUUCAUCACAGCGCAUUUUGGCUUGUCUCUCGACGCUGCAUUUAUUUGCAAAAAUAAGACCACAAUUACUCGUGAAUCAUGCGUUAACUCUACAGCCUUAUCUCAGUCUAAAAUGUCAGAAUCAAUACGAGCAGCAAAUAAUGUCGACGGUGGCGUCGACCCUGGAGCUAGUAGUGCCGCUCAUGGAGCACCCGAGUGAGGUGUUCCUGGCGCAGCUGGAGGAGGACGCGGUUAAGCUAAUCCUGCAACACGGACAGUUAGUCAUUGCGUCCUGCAUCGCCUGUCUAGCGGCCAUUGUCAAUAACCUCACGCGCAACUACAAGCUUAUCAGGGACGUCUUUAACAAAUAUCAUGGUGUGCUGCUACAGUGGAAACACAGUUGGCAGCGCAACCCGGACAUGACUCGAACGCUGCACACGAGGCCGCACUUUCGUCGAGCACUGUUUAUCGUUGGACUACUUUUAAGAUACUUCGACUUCACCGACAGUAAAGUUAUAGAAGGCUUAACGAGUGACAUUAAGGAGCAAGUAUUUGCGACGCUUAUGUAUUUCGUGGGCUUAGAAGAUGAAGACUUUGUAUCGCAUACCCUCAAAGCACUUGGUUCUGUUUGCGUGCGGCACUACGAGUUCAUGCUGCGACCAGAGCUGAAAGAGUUCUACCAUCAACUUCUGACCUCCGAACUAGCGCCUAUAGAAAUGAAAGCUGAUGUUCUUAGAAAUAUUGAAAUGUACUUACAAGAAGAGGAACAGAGGAUGAUUAGACAAGAUAAGGAAUGGUCGAAGCGAUCGAAGCACGAAAAUUUAAAGGAGAUGGGAGAUGUGUCGUCCGGCAUGGCGUCUACCGUCAUCCAGUUGUACCUCAAGGAGAUCCUAGGCUCCUUCCUGCACGGGAGUACCGUGGUGCGCUCCAGCGCCAUGAAGGUUGUGCAACUGGUUCUGGCACAGGGACUCGUACAUCCCGUGCAGAUUGUUCCAUAUUUGAUAUGUAUGAGCACAGACACAGAGGUAACGGUGUCACAUACGGCCGACAAAAAUCUUCAGGAAAUCGAUAAGAAAUAUCCGGGUUUCAUACAUAUGAAGGCACAAUUAGGCAUAAAAUUGUCGUACCAGUUACAAAAAAUUUUACAAAAUAGCAAAAAAGGAGUAAUUAGAGGGUUUAGGAAAAAAGAACAAGACGACUUACCAACAGCUCUUAACGGUUUUUUAUAUUCGCUGUUGCGUAAUACGCGGCCACAACGGCGAGCCUUAAUAUUGUCGCUAUUGAAACAAUUCGAUGAUGUUUCUACUGCGCCGCUGGAUCAAAUGUUGUACCUGGCUGAUAAUUUAAGCUACUUUCCAUAUCAAGUUCAAGACGAACCACUUUUUAUAAUACACCAUAUUGAUAUUAUUAUUUCUACCUCGGGAUCAAAUUUACUACAGCUUUUUCGUGAGGGCCUCGAAAAGACAGGCAGCGAGGAGAAGGAGUCGAUGGAAGAAGAGGAAGACGAGGAGGAGGAGGUGGAGGCGCUGGUGGCGCGUCUGCCGCUCGCCACGCGCCCGCUUCGCGACGCCAUGCGCCAGGCGCGCGGCUGUCUGCUACUGCUCGUGCUCAAGCAGCACCUCAAGCAGCUCUACGGGUUCACGGACGCGAAAAUCAACCAGUAUUCUCCGUCGGAAAGUGUAAAAGUUUACGAGAAGGCUGUUUCCCGGCGGCUCGCGCCUCAGUUCGAGCCCAAGGCCACGAUCGCACAGUUGCAAGACACGAACGACGAAAAGGAACUCGACGAACGAGGUCGAAGAAGGCUCGUCGACGACUAUCUCGAGUUCAAGCAGCUGAUGCUGAAGUUCGACCCCGAGGAGGAGGAGGACGAGGAGGCCGCGGCCGGCGCCGCGCCCGCGCCCGCGGCCGGCGGCGGCGCGGCGGGCGGCGCGGGCGGCGCGGGCGGCGGCGCGGGCGCGACCUAGCCGCGGGCCCAGCCGCGCGCUCCCGCGAUGGACGAUAUUGUGUCAGUGUGACGUGCUGUGACGCUCCGGGCACGAUCGCUUCGCUACACACGUACGCGCCCGAAUCCUCCGCUCGGCUCUUUUCGAUUCGAAGACGGUCGAUUAUAUUAUCUACGUUGGUUUAAUUUAUUACGCGGCCGAGCCGCGGGUGACGCCGCGAGCGCGCUCGCCCGCGGCGGCCGUGGGUCUUGAAUUCUUUAUAUAAGUUAUAUUUGAGAAACUCGAUUUUGUUUUAUAUUAAAAAGUCUUGUGUGUAGAUAAUUUUUAUGAAGAAUAUAAAGUAUAUGUACCAACACUGA